UCUGUCCCAGCGGAUCGUUGCCGAGUUCGUGCAUCAGUUCGUGUUCGUAACCAUGAGGGUGUUGAUCGUAGGAUUUGCCAUUUUUAUAGCACUGAUUGCGCUGGCCACCCAUACAGCGGCCGGCCCGGCCAAUUGUGAUCCGGUCUACGAAGAGUGGACGGACAAGGCGGAUUGCGAUGAAAACUGUCAGAAUAUAUGCAGCCCAGUGGAGGAUGCUUGCCUUUGCCGGUUCGGAUAUCUGCGGGAUCUAACCACUGGCAAGUGCAUACCGAGCGACCAGUGCACACCAGCUCCGGAGAACGUCAAACUAACCUGCUUGGGAGCGUAAAACUGUUACGGCGGGAGUGGUCGCAGCGCAAGCAAACGCUCCCACACAACUAUGUGGUGAGGAAGAAGUGAUCUAAUUGAUGUGAAAUAUAAGUGAUUUAAAAGUAAA